GACGAGUUUCAAGAGUCUGAAAUUUCAUCAUUCCCGGCUUCAAACCAAAGCGUAACAGAGCUGGGAGAAAAGGAAGGAAAUGGAUUUUAUUUUUCCAUGCCUUAUUUUCCUCUUACAGUCAGCUGGAAAUGUGCUCUCCUAUGAGGAUGAAUCGCGACUGAUUAGAGACCUUUUUGAAAACUACAAUAAAGUUGUUCGUCCAGUUGACACAUUCAGUGAUAAAGUUGUGGUAACAGUCGGACUACAGCUUAUUCAGCUUAUUAAUGUGGAUGAGGUCAAUCAAAUUGUAUCAACUAAUGUCCGUGUGAAACAGCAAUGGGUGGAUGUGAACCUAAAAUGGAACCCAGCAAAUUAUGGUGGGAUACAGAAAAUUCUCGUUCCUUCCAGCGAUAUUUGGCGCCCAGAUUUAGUUCUUUACAACAAUGCAGAUGGUGACUUCGCAAUUGUCAAGGAUACUAAAAUCCUGCUGGAUUACACAGGGAAAAUUAUAUGGACACCUCCAGCUAUUUUUAAAAGCUACUGUGAAAUCAUAGUCACAUAUUUUCCAUUCGAUCAGCAGAACUGCAGCAUGAAGUUUGGUACUUGGACCUAUGAUGGCACGUUAGUAAUUUUAAACCCGGAGAGUGACCGGCCAGAUCUCAGUAAUUUCAUGGAGAGUGGAGAAUGGAUGAUGAAGGACUAUCGCUGCUGGAAGCAUUCGGUGAACUACACAUGCUGUCCUGAUGUCCCAUACUUAGACAUCACCUAUCACUUUGUCUUGCAGCGUCUUUCCCUUUACUUCGUUGUGAAUGUCAUAAUUCCCUGUCUGCUUUUCUCCUUCCUGACCGGUUUAGUCUUCUAUCUGCCCACUGAUUCAGGCGAGAAAAUGACGCUAAGCAUCUCUGUCCUGCUGUCCCUGACUGUGUUUCUUCUGGUUAUUGUUGAGCUGAUCCCUUCGACUUCCAGUGCGGUGCCGCUGAUUGGAAAAUACAUGUUAUUUACAAUGGUGCUAGUCAUAGCAUCUAUCAUUAUUACAGUCAUCGUAAUUAACACUCAUCAUCGAUCUCCAAGUACUCACACAAUGCCGCCUUGGGUGAGGAAGAUAUUUAUUGACACCAUCCCAAACCUGAUGUUCUUCUCUACAAUGAAACGCCCUUCACAAGAAAAACAAGGGCAGAAGAUUUUUGCAGAAGACAUUGACAUAUCAGAAAUUUCUGGGAAACUUGGUCCUGCCGCUGUGACCUACCAGUCCCCCAUCUUAAAGAACCCUGACGUGAAGAGUGCUAUAGAAGGGAUCAAAUAUAUUGCAGAGACCAUGAAAUCUGACCAGGAAUCCAAUAAGGCUUCGGAAGAAUGGAAGUUUGUAGCAAUGGUGCUGGAUCACGUUCUCCUCGGAGGCUUCUUUAUAGUUUGUGUCAUUGGAACAGCAGCAGUGUUUGCUGGUCGUCUUAUUGAGCUAAACUCACAGGAGUGAAUUGAGUUGGGACUUUGCUUCCAUUAAUGACUGGACAGAAACACUGAAGAAUAUCAAAGAUAGUACAAAGCGCUAUCAUUCAUUGAUGAUGAGGAUGAUAAUGAUGAUGAUGCUGAAUAUGGAAUAAUGUACUACGAUGGAGCCGCAACUGUGUAUAUAUGUUCUACUUAUCAACAACAAUGGAAUACAGCGAGAUUUAAUGAUGAUGAAGUUGAUGGAAUAUUAUACAAUAGCUGUACCAGCAGAGCCAGCCCUAACCAAUAUGAUGGCCUAGGCAAGAUUUUGGCUGGUACCCCCUAGAACCACUGCUAGUUCCGCCUCUGACCCUGAACCCCUUUCCCAUAACCAUUACCUCACAGUCAUAGCAAUCCUUAUUUUGGUGCGCCUACCCCUAUAUUUUAAAUAGGAACAAUGUGCACUUUCAACGCGAAUCCCAAAUAGGGGCGUGUUCUUUUGGGAAGGGGCAUGGCCACACAAUAGUAUCCCCAAUUCAAAUGACGCCACACAGUACUGCAACUUUAUUCACAUUAUAUCAUGCAAUAAUGUCCCUUCUUCGCGUUACAUCACACAGUAGUACCACUUUAACUUAUAUACAUUACUAAUCACAGUAGUGCUCCUUAUUCACGUUACAUCACAUAGUAGUAAAAAUUUACCUUUUAUACAUUACUCCUCCCAUUAUUCACAUUACAUCACACUGAAUUGAUCCUUAUUCACAUUACACCACACCACAUUGCUCUUUAUUUACAUUAGACAACACAGUAGUGCCCUUUCUAUACUUUAUGCUACACAGUAGAGCACCUUAUACACAUAAUGCUACACAUUAAUAAUGCCUUUUAUACACAUAAUACCACACAGCAAUGCCCCUUCACAUAUUACACACAUUAUUAAUGUCCACAUAAACAUAAUGCGCCUUACACAAUGGGGGUAAUUCAGACCUGAUUGUAGCAGCAGAUUUGUUAGCAGUUGGGCAAAACCAUGUGCACUGCAGGUGUGGCAGAUAUAACAUGUGCAGAGAGAGUUAGAUUUGGGUGGGUUAUUUCGUUUCUGGGCAGAGUAAAUAUUGCCUGCUUUAUUUUUACACUGCAAUUCAGAUUUCAGUUUGAACACACCCCACCCAAAUCUAACUCUCUCUGCACAUGUUAUAUCUGUUCCUCCUGCAGUGCACAUGGGGGUAAUUCCAAGUUGAUCGCAGCAGGAAUUUUGUUAGCAGUUGGGCAAAACCAUGUGCACUGCAGGGAAGGCAGAUAUAACAUGUACAGAAAGAGUUAGAUUUGGGUGGGUUAUUUUAUUUCUGUGCAGGGUAAAUACUGGCUGCUUUAUUUUUACACUGCAAAUUAGAUUGCAGAUUGAACACACC